CUUGAUACACUGUUGUAGUAGGCCUACAGAUAAAGUAGAAAACAGAAAAAUAAGAGUACAUUCACUAAUAUUUCAAGAAUACUAUAGUUUUGAGUUUUUUCCCAUGUAUUAUUCCUAUGAACUCUAACACAUUUGCAGCAGUUUGUAAACUCUAAAAACGAGUGAUUGUAAAAAUAGUACAAUUGCUGAGUUUCUCACUCCUGAGAAACUUGACUGAUCUUUACGUUUUCACUAAUUGUUAUUGUUAAGUUGUAAGUUUAAAAUUCAUUCUGUCCUUACUGACAAUUGUUUUAAAAUCAUUGCCAACAUCUUUCCCCCUUGUGGCAUGCAUUGCUUCAAGGAAAUGAAUUGUGAACAUUUGACUAUUUUUUUUAUCUUGUUUAUUACAAUAAAAUCAGCUUAAAUCUUUGUUGUUGAAUAUAAAACGUGACUUAUGCUAAUUGCUGGUCUUAAAUGGUUGAUUUUUUUUCUUUUUUAUCAACCUUGCAGUUAAAGUUUGCAACCCUUACUCAUAUUUAGAUGACAAAAUAAAGAGGUAUUUGAAGGGCUAUAGAUAUUUUCCUUCUCAUCUUUUGUGUCUUAUCCUGGGGUGGAUGUUGUCUUCGAUUAGGGUGAAGAUAACAACGAACCUUGAACACUGGUCGUAUGCAGUGGAGUGAUAGCUAAAGACAUAAAUCCACCUUUGGAAUUAACUUGAGUUGAUAAAAUCUAACCAGAAACAUAUCUCACCUCAUGGCUGCUUUGACUUAGUGAUAUCAGGAGAUAAAAAAUACAAUCAGUCUUAGAUAAAAUCAUGAAGAUGAUGGUUUUUGACUAUAGAAGAUUGUGAUAUUUCUUGUGGCAUGAUUAUUGUAAGCGAAUCACUCUACUGUACUGUGGAUUUAUCAUCUUAUAAAAUGUAUCAGAGUAAAGUACUUUUGUUUGUGGUAAACACAAAUAUUUUUAUGUUUUCUGACUGUACCAUAUCAUAAAAAUACUACAUUUAUUAAUUAAAAAAAAAAACUUCAGUCAGAUGCGUGUUCCAUGUGUUCAAUGUUUUGUUCCGAAAAGGCCAGUAUAAAGGUGAAGUAUGCCACACUGACAUCUAGUGGCAGACACUAUGAAUGACAUCCAAUUGGAAUUUAGAAAUAACUAUUUGUUCUUCAAUCCAUUAAAUUGGCUGGACGGUAAUGCACUUAGCAAUUGGGAUGUGUCGUGUUUUUAUGCAUAUUUUACUACAAAAAGACUGUAACAUGUGAAUGAAGCAUAAAUAACAUAUUUUCUACUUUCAUUCUGUUUAUUUAUUUGGUAAAAUAUAAGUUUAAAGACAUUUUCUCAACUUGUGUCAAGUAUCACAUUUCAUAAAACAAAAGUCUUUAUGCACCUCCCACUCCACUCCACUCCACGGAAAUGCCGUUUUCCCCUCCGUGAGCGACCAUGCAGCAUCACUGAGGUGAGAUAGGUAUUUAAGUUCAGCGGUGUCAAGCAGGGACCAGGAUGAGAAUGAUGAGGACAGUGUAUUUUGGGCUUGUAAGCUGCACCUUAGUGCUCCAGCUCACACUUGCUUUCCUCAACAACAAGAACAGCAAUGGGUCUCAAAGUUACCGGCUGCUCAUUGGCUUCCAGGCUCCCUGGAACAUUUCCUACCCCUUCAGUGCCCAGCGGCUGGGCUCGGCCAUACAGAUAGCCGUGGAGAAGGUGAACACCAACCCCUCCUUCUUGGGGAACUACAGCCUGGAUUUUGUGUUCAAGGAAACAGGCUGCGAUCCCAAAGUGUCCCUGGGAGAGUUCAUCCAUCAGGUGUGGAGGGAAAACGUGACGGCUCUGUUUGGACCGGCAUGUCCUGAAGAAGCGGAGGUUACUGGUCUUCUCGCUUCUACGUGGCACAUCCCAAUGUUCGGCUUCGUGGGCCAGUCCUCCAAAAUGGACAACAACGAGAUCUACGACUCCUACAUCAAAGUCAUGCCGCCUCUCAAAAGAAGCUCAGAGGUCCUGGUGAAGACUUUGGAGUUCUUUGGGUGGAGCCACGUGGCCAUGAUCGGAGGAGGUUUGGAGUCGAACACCUGGGACAAGGUAGACGCUUUGUGGAAAACGAUCGAGGAUAAACUGAGAGCCACAUUCAGACUGACGGCAGAGGUGAAGUUCGACACGAGCAACCCUCAGCUGGUUUAUCAAAAUGUGAAGUACAUCUCGACGGUUGCAAGAGUCAUUGUGGUUCUGACAAACAGAGAGGACUCCAUGGCUCUGCUGCUGGAGGCGGAGCGUCAGGGUUUGAUGAACGGCGACUAUGUCUUCUUCCUGGUGCAGCAGUUUGAGGAUAACUUUUGGAAAUUUGUCCUGAACAAAAUCAACCAAACAGCUCUAAGAGCGUUUGACAUGACCUUCGUCAUCGGUCAGAAAACCUACGACAGAUAUGAGUACUAUGACUUCUUCAGUCAAGUUUUUCAAAGACUGAAAGGACAUCCUUUCCAGACCAACCUGACUUCUGAAAGUGAGGUCAGCCCGUAUUCUGCCUAUCUGCAUGACGCCGUGCUUCUCUAUGCCAUGGGGCUGAAGGAAGUGCUGAAAGACGGUAAAGACCCCUACGAUGGGCGCCAGCUUCUGCAGAGACUGAAAAACAAAAACAGCAUUCGCUUUUAUGGUGCAUCUGGACUAGUCCACUUUGAUGAAGAAGGGGAGAGAUAUCUGGACUAUUCCAUUUAUGAUCUGCAGCACGUAGAAGACAAAACCAAGUUUGUGCCGAUCCUUCAUUUCGAGAGUGAAUCUAAAAGUGUCAGACCAACGUCCAUGUUUGGUUCUGUGGUUUGGCCUAAAGGGAGACCUCCUACAGACAUGCCUGAAUGUGGCUUCAACAAUGAGCUUUGUACAUGGUUGACAAGUGAUAUUGCUCUGCUGGCUAUACUGGUGACCUUCCCCAUCAUUGGUGUAGUGGGAGUUUUGUUUAUUGGGGUCCUCAUGCUGCAGAAGUUCAAACUCCAAACGAGACUGGAUGACUCCUGCUGGUGGAUCAUCAACUUCAGCGACAUCACCAUCAUCAGGGAUCCUUCAGGAACUCAUGGUUUAUCUCAGAGCUCCACAGGGAGUCACAGUGGAAGCAGCAGCUGCCAUACUAAUUUUUCCAGCAACAGCUAUGAUCUGCGGGACAAGACGGGCAGAGAGCACAUCUACACCACAAUCGGGCUUUACCAGGGAAAUCAAGUAGCCAUCAAGUAUAUCAACAACCACGUCAACUUUAACUUCCAGAAACGUUCCAUUAUCUCCGAGUUUCACAUAAUGAAAGAGAUGAAGCAUGAGAACUUGGUGCAGUUCUUCGGGGUUUGUAUUGAGCCACCCACCGUCUGUCUGGUCACGCAGUAUUGCAAGAAAGGCAGUCUUAAGGAUGUUCUGAAGUCAUCAGAUGUUGAUCUGGACGGGAUGUUCAAGCUGUCGUUUGCAUAUGACAUUGUCAAUGGAAUGGAGUUCAUUCACAAAAGCACCCUGAAAUUUCAUGGAAACCUAAAGCCCAGUACAUGUUUGGUGGACAGCCGACUUCAAAUCAAACUCUCCGGCUUUGGAUUGUGGGAGUUCAGACAUGGAGACAAAAUGAAUGGAAACGGUCAGGAAGUCCUUGAUUAUGAGGAGAUGUACUGGACAGCCCCAGAGCUUCUGAGACAUGUUGGAAUUCCACUAUACGGAACACCUAAAGGGGAUGUUUUCAGCUUCGCCAUCAUCAUGUGGGAACUCAUGUAUAACGCUAAAGCCGGUCCGUAUCAAGACAUCAAUUUGGACCCCAAAGAUAUUAUUAUACAACUGAGGAUCCCUUUCCAAGGAGAACCUCUUCGGCCGGUGCUGUCAGACCAGUUGUGUGAUGAGAAGGUCAACGCACUGCUGAAGGCCUGCUGGUCUGAAAAUCCCGACCACAGGCCACCUUUUGCAUCCAUACGGAGACGAUUGAAGAGCAUCAGUCCAGAGAGCCACGCAAAUAUCCUUGACAGCAUGGUCGACAAGUUGGAGAAAUAUGCUAAUCACCUCGAGGAGGUGGUGGAGGAGAGGACCAACCAGCUGACGGUGGAGAAGGCCAGAGCAGACAAACUUCUCUCCAGCAUGUUACCAAGGUACAUUGCAGAUCAGCUCAUGUCGGGGAAAUCGGUGGAGCCACAGAGCUACGACAUGGUGACCAUCUUCUUCUCCGACAUUGUUGGCUUCACCUCCAUGUGUUCGGUCAGUUCAGCCAUGGAGGUGGUGACGUUCCUCAAUGACCUCUACAGCCUGUUUGACGACAUCAUAAAGAUGUAUGACGUCUACAAGGUUGAAACUAUUGGUGAUGCAUACAUGGUAGCCAGUGGUCUUCCUAUCAGCAAUGAAAACAAGCAUGCCUUAGAGAUAUCAACAAUGGCUCUGCAUUUCCUGGCUGCUAUCAAAAUCUUCAAAAUACCUCACAUGCCAAAUGAAAGCCUUGCAAUUCGCAUCGGCGUACAUUCCGGUCCAGUGGUUGCUGGAGUGGUGGGAACCACGAUGCCACGGUACUGCCUGUUUGGCGACACGGUGAACACAGCCUCUCGCAUGGAAAGCAACAGCUUACCCCUGAAGAUUCACAUUUCUCAGCCUACAGCAGACAUUCUUGUCCUGGCUGGAUCCUUCGAGCUGGAAGAAAGAGGGGAGAUUGAAAUGAAGGGUAAAGGAUUUCAGAAGACCUACUGGCUCCUGAACAAAAUUGGGUUUAAUCCUCCUCUUGUGGCCCCCAGCUCUUCACAUGCUGACAGUCUCAAACUGCUGAAAGAGAUGACAGGAAGCAUCAAAGCUGCAGACUCCAAGGCCCAGAGCAUCCGCUCAAAAUCAUCGAUGACGACCGUGCAUAUUUAAAAGAUAGUAAACCGAACGAAAGGUUUGUCACUUCAGGGUUUAAAGAGACAAAAUACAAACUUCAGGUACACUCUCACUGUGGUUGGACUGUUUCAGAAAGUUCUAGUUUUUCUAAUUUUACUCUAAUAUUUUUUUCAAGAAAUCAAGUAGUUGCAUUGUUACACAUUCUUAAUUCAAGCAGUACCACACAUUUCCAUAUAAAUUGGUGUAAUUUUGCAAUCAAUAUUUGAAAUAGGCAAUUUGCUAAAAGGGUUAUGACGCAAUCUUAUAUUUCUUUGUCUCUCAUUGACGUAAAUGUGUUCAUUUUUUUGAGAAAAAUACAUCUGUGUCAUUGUGCUAGUGUAACACAUCUCUUAAAAGAUAUAUUAGUUUAGACAAAGGAUGUACAUACAUUUAUAGGACUUAAAAUAAAUUUUAUAUUUUAAAGCUAAAAAAAAAAAA